GUUCACUCUGUUUACAGAGCAGCAGGCGGCGCGUGGAGGGCGGUGCGUAAAGAGAGAACAGAGAGAGAGAGAGAGAGAGAGAGAGAGAUACAGACAGAGGGUUCUCCACACCCCUGCAGCAACUGAACGCAGCGCCACUGGAAGACACCGCGCACAUUAACACACGUUAUGCAGCCGCUCGCGGACUUCGAGUGAAUCCUCGCGGCCCCCCCGGGAGGGAGAGUCGCGAGACCUCGCAGUACCCGUGCCCGCGCGAGCUCAGCGAGCGACCCCCGACAGCGUCUUUAUCAUGUAAACAAAGCCAGAAUGUCUCACCGCCUAACGCGCACGCCCUCGCCGCCUGUCCCCGUGCGCGCCCCCGGUUCAGUUCCUCAGGCCAUGCACACGGAGCCCCGUUCUUGAAGCCGUAGCGCGCGAGGGAUGGCGAGCGAAGCGACGACGGAGGGCGCGAGGGCGGAGGAGGCGCGCGGCAGCCUGAGCGUGCUGAGCUGGGAGCAGGUGCAGCGGCUGGACGCGCUGCUCGCCGAGUCCAUCCCCAUCCACGGGCGCUGGAACUUCCCCACGCUGCACAUGAAGCCGCGCGACAUCGUGAGGGUGGUGCGCGCGCGACUGCGCGAGCGGCACAUCGACGUGCGCGAGGUGCGCCUGAACGGCUCCGCCGCGAGCCACGUGCUGCACGAGGACAGCGGGCUCGGCUACAAGGAUCUGGACCUGAUCUUCCACGCGGACCUGAAGGGCGAGCGCGAGUUCCAGACGGUGAAGGAGAUCGUGCUGCACUCGCUGCUGGACUUCCUGCCCGCGGGCGUCAACAAGGAGAAGAUCACGCCGCUAACGCUCAAGGAGGCGUACGUCCAGAAGAUGGUGAAGGUGUAUAAUGACUCAGACCGCUGGAGCCUCAUCUCUCUGUCCAACAACAGCGGGAAGAACGUAGAGCUGAAGUUCGUGGAUUCGCUCCGGCGGCAGUUUGAGUUCAGCGUGGACUCCUUUCAGAUUCGGCUGGACUCUCUGCUGCUCUUCUACGAAUGCUCAGAGAACCCCAUGGCCGAGAACUUCCACCCGUCCAUCGUUGGCGAGAGCGUGUACGGUAACUUCGAGGAGGCGCUGGAGCACCUGCGGCACAGGCUCAUUUGCACGCGCAACCCAGAGGAGAUCCGCGGUGGUGGCCUGCUAAAGUACUGCCACCUGUUGGUGCGGGGCUUUCGUGCCGCCUCACCAUCGCACAUGAAGCAGCUGGAGCGCUACAUGUGCUCACGCUUCUUCAUCGACUUUCCCGACGCUUCAGAGCAGCGGCGCAAGCUGGAGUCCUACCUGCAGAACCACUUUGUGGGCCUGGAGGACCGCAAGUACGAAUAUCUGAGCACACUGCAUGGCGUGGUCAGUGAGAGCACCGUGUGCCUGAUGGGCCACGAGCGACGCCAGGCCCUCAGCCUCAUCACCAUGCUGGCUGUGCGUGUGCUGGCUGAGCAGAACGUCAUCCCCAAUGUGGCCAACGUCACCUGCUAUUACCAGCCGGCACCAUACGUCGCAGACGGCAACUUCAGUAAUUACUACGUUGCACAGGUGCAGCCGGUUUACGCCUGCCAGCCCCCAAAUACCUUCUGCCCGUGGCUUCCCUGCAACUGAGACUGUUGUGGGACAUGCUGGCAGUCUGAAAGAAGUGCUCAAAUGCUAAUGCUAACUGGUCAGUGUAAUUUGUGAAAUUUGUUACAAGGCUAUGUAAGCUAGAAGAGAGGCAACAAGUAGCUUAAUAUUUCAGCAAACAGCAGUUAAAUGGAGAAAUCCUAUGUGAAAUGGACUUGGGGUGUAGUGAAACAUGAUAAUGAGUACAAAAACUUGGCCAAUAACUGACCUCCGUUCUCCCCCAGCAUUACAAAAUACAGCACUUUUGACAAUGCUAGAGAUCGGGCAUAGCACUGCCCAUGCAAUGAAAUCGCUAUUUUUAAAACAUUAACUAGCUCAAAUUAGCCUUAUGUUAAAUUACAAUAAGUUAGAACAAUAAGAGGAAUAAGCAUAAACGAAUAGGUAGGACAGGGGAAAAGAUUGCAAAAUGAAUUAUAUGAAAUGCAUGAAUAAUAUAGAGAUAUUUUCAGCAACAUCUGGAAUUCAUGCAUUUACAUGAAUUGUUAAUCGUGUGAAAAUGGUGAUUUCUUUCCAUGGGUAAAACUAUGCCCCCAAUUACUAGCAUUAUGAGCCUGUUGUGAGCAUCGGCUAAAAGCUUUGUAUUUAGGAAUGCUUGUGGUAAAUGGUGGUGAGCUAUUCGACUAAAGUUCAUCCUCGUCAUCAUGUUUCACUACAUCCCAUCAUGUUUAUUUUACUCCUUUAAGCCCCUCCCAUGCAGGCACAGUACUAAGCUUUGGAAAAAACACACAUAUUUAAGUGUAAAUUUAAAUGGCAUUUUUUUUUUUUUUUUUUUACACCAAGAACAUUAACAGGUACAAUGUACCCUUUAAUCAGAGUUGCCCAAACCUUUGCAUUAAAUUUGCAUUACAUUUUAAAGCACAGUAACAAAAACAGCCUAGCCAAAGAUAAAGGGUGGUUUUGCACAAAUUAAUUACUUAUACAUGUAUAUUUUUAAGAAAUAUAAACAAAUCAACAAGUGGAUCUCAGGGAGAAAAAUUGAAUGCAUACAAAAACAUAUUACAUAGGCCCUUUAUAAACAUUAAAACCUACAACAUCACUACCCAAAGAAGCAUUUGGGCAGUUCUUUUUUACUACCAGGCAUGUCACCCAGGGCAGCAGAAUGGAUCAACCAGAGUACCUGACAUUUGGUUUUGCCUAAUUGAUGGCAGAUGAUUACAUUUCUUUUUUGCGUGGCAUUGAAAGUGUGGAGGAGAAGUCAGAACCAUACUGCUCUUGUCGAUGACUUGCUUUACGCAAGAGCAGGAUGGAGGUCAUUUGGCCUCGUUUCCAAAGGAAGUCAUGUUGUGUCCAGGUGGUCCGAGGCAUUCUGCCAAACCUGAAGAAACCCCACACAGGCUUUUAGGCCACAACAUGACACACACAGACAGGAGUCCAGACCACCAGUCUAUUCUGUGACCCCUGUGAGUGGGAGAAGAAAGAGAGAGCUAGUUCUCAAACUUUGUAGUUUAUUUCUUUGUGUGGUUUAAGACCUGUACAGAGACUUGAAGCAGAGAUGUACAAAUACGUAAAGACUUGUCCCCAUGUAGGUCGAUGUGAAGACAGGCGGGACAGACGAUGAUCAGCAGACACUCAGUCACUCAGAGACUCAUUCAAACCAGCAGGGACGAAAUAAACUGUUUACAAAACCAAAGAUAUUUUUUGUAGACAUCAGCUAGCCACAAAAAAGUGUAUCCAAGUGCCUGCAACAGAUCAAAUGCAACAAAGAGUUACAGAGCAAGACCCCCAUCCAAAUCCAAGGGGGGGGGUAUUGCCCUGGACACAGUGGAGGGACUCAUUUUAGUGUGUGUUUAUGUGUGUGGGUGGGUGUGGCUUCCUGUUCUUCUGUAGGUAAUACAUGGCAAAAGGCUCUGUGCACAUUAUCUUAACAGUUAGGGUGUAAAUAUCUGACAUCAUAAGGCUGGCUUUUAAAGGGCCUGUAUCAUGCAAACCAAGAUAUACAAAAACAAAAGCUUGACAUUGUAUGUAAAAAUUACCUCCUUCAAACUGUAUACGCAAAAUUUUGGUUCUUAAACAGCUGGUUUUAAAUGUACUGCUUUUGUGGAGUCGCAACAGGUAGUGCAUUUGCAUAUCUCCAUCUUACAGGCACUGUAACCGACAGUGAGGACGGAAGAAGUUUUUUAUAUAAGACAAAUGCCAUCUGGUAUCAUUAAAGGGUGUUUUUACAUGGGAAUUUUUAGUCAGGUUAAACUGGACCGUGGUUUGUUUUUUUAACCAUGGUAAUUUGGCAGGUGUAAAUACACCAAAACAACCACAUCAAGACCCAUGAGAAGGAGUGGUCUCAAGCAAACUAUGCAGUGGUGGUAAAUUACCCAACCUCAAUUUAACCCAAUUAUGAAAUAUACUCCUCAUGUUUGAGAAAAAAAUCCAUAAAAUGUAAAUGUUUAUAAUGGGCUAAGUGGCUCUUGAGGUGCAGUUUAACUGAUUUAUUAGUCAGAUAAUUACAACAGCAAUUAACAGGUUAAACUGUACAGAAAUACGCACUAGUCUGGAACACAAAACAUUUUUUUCUGUAUUUACUCUCUUGUCCUUGCCACAGACAGUUCGGACCAAUAAGUGGAAACAACGUCUUUAUAUGGUAUGUUGUGAUGCAUUUUGGUUUCCUUGUGUGAAACCAAACCAGGGCAAAAAAAAACUUUAAGUUAACAAGCAUGUUAAAUGAAAUUAAACCAGAGAAAUACACUGUAGGUGUGAAAACACCAUUUGAUAAGUGUGGUGUAGUUGCAAUGUAAACAUUGUUUGAGAGCCGGAAUCUAUUAAAAUGUUUCAAUUUUCAUUGUUUCUGAGAUGUCAGAACAACCAAGACAAAUACACACAUGCUUAUACACAGCCAGUGGACCUUUAAUAGUCCUUAAAUGUUUUAUGAAGAUUUCUAAUGACUUUAUGUUUUAACAAUCACAGGUCGCAUCCAAAAACUGAUGCUAACGUUAAUGCAUAAUAGUUUGGUUUAACUGGUAAACAAAGGAAUGUAUUAGGAAUGUCUUGGUGUGUAAAGCCAGCCUUAUGAUUGCAUGACGACAGUACACCCUUUGAUUCAGUGAACCAUGAAGUGAAAUAAUUCACGGCAUCAUCAGAGUUUCAGAUUCAGUUGUAUUGUAUUGAGUCAUGGUUGUGAGUCAUUACUGAAAACACAGAUGCAGAUGCAGAUACUUACACAGAAGAGAAGUGCAUGCUUUAUUGAAUAGUUUGGUUGAUUGUAAUGUACUAAAACAUUCCAGAAUGAAUUUGACUAACAUUUGAAUUAGCAGCUCAUUAGAGCAUUUUAACACCCCUACUAAAGAGUUCUGACUUUCACACAACUGGGUGGUAGUGAGGGUUAUCUAUUGCACAUAUCUGUGUGUGUGCGGUUUUAUGUGUGUGUGUGUUUUCAGGGUAUGAGUUAGUCUCAGGCACUCACCUCCUCCGGCCUGACCUUACUGUACAGUUGGCUCAAGGGGGCCUGGGAGCCGGCUAAGCUCAGAUUAGGGCGCUGGGGCCAAUGCCAUUACUGCUGAAGGGGAAAACCGAAAGCUAGGUCGCAGGCUGGACAGCAAGUCAAAUUAAGGAAGACGGCUCCAGUAACAUGCUGGCUGCUUCCACAUCCUCUUUUCUCUGUAUGAUAAAUAAUAAUUCCUUAUUCCAGAGAAGGUAAAGAAUGCUGGACUUUCCUGCAGCCAAGGAGAUUCCAACUUACUACAAGAGUCGCAAUCAGAACCUGUUUUAACUGCCAAAUUUCAGACUCUUAUCUGUCUAUGAAUGUUUCCAACUAAGACAACAUUGUAAAUUCACUUGGCUAAUAAAAGGGCAUUGGGUUUUUAUAUACACAGAUCAGUAAAAACAAUAAAACUGCUGCCAAUGGCACAUGUUAAGGGUGAAAUCUACACCUUAGACAGAUAGUGCUUGAACAGUCAGUGCUUAAAGUUGGAAGUAGGACUUUUUGGAAGCAAGAAAAAUGGCCAAGAUUACCAAUCUAGAGUACUUCGACAAGAACCAAUCUGUGAUGGCUAUACAACAGGACAUCAAAACUACUCUAAAACCCUCAGACAGGUCUUGUGUGGUUUUUCUGAAAUGCAUCGAUCUGUACCUAAGAAAAGAAGGACAACUGCUUUAAAGUAGGACAACUGGUUAAUUGGCAUCAGGGUCAAGGGCACCCAAGGCUCAUUGAUGAGAUCCAUGGAGGCCUUACCUCACAACUUACAAGACUUAAAGGAUCUGCCGCUUAGGUCUUAGUGCCAGAAACCUUCAGAGAAUUUAGGGGUCUUGAGGAGUCCAUGCUUCGACAUGUUAGAGCUGUUUUGGUAGCAUAAAAGGGAAGAGCACAUUAUUAUUGUUUGGCUGAUUGAGGUAUAUAUAUUGGUUUAGUUUCUGUUUCUUACCUGUUAUUUUUGUGUUAUUUACAUUGAUUGGUAUCGUUAUCGUUAGAUAUGGUAUCAUUAGGAUAGUGUGGGUUCAAUCACAGGAAAGUCCAAAAUUAUAAUUGGUAAUGAUCAGCAGUAUUUUUCAAAAUGCUGACAAAACUGCAGGUCAACAAUUCCAGCCUAUUACUGUCAAAUUAUUUAUCAGUCACUGAAUCAAAAGAAUCUUAGUAAUAAUACUAUUACUUGGCUUAGCAGAGAUAGCACUAAUAAUAACUCUGUCAGAGCUGUGUUUAUAAAUUAUUUGAAGAUGUUAAAAGACUCCACUGCAAUGUUCUUAAGGUUCUUUUGCCCCCUGUAUGACGUCACAGCCCACUUCAGCUUUCUAAUCUGGCAGGCUCAGAUGUCAGCAGAGUGACCCGUGCGUGUGUGUGAUCAGCCCUGCGAUUGAGAGUUCGACCCGCAGCGUUCUUGCACCUUUAAACACUUCUCUUUUAUUUUUCUACUGAUUCCUCUAUUUUUGUACAUAUCUGCUUAAUGCUGAGGUCACCCCUCUGAUCUCUGUUUCUAAUGCUGUGAAGAGUGCGCAUGCAAGUGAGCGAGUAUUCCAUUACUGGAGCUGGUUGUGAAAAUGUGUCAGUCUAGCUUUGCCAGGAAGAAUGCCUCUCAGCACCCAGAAAAAAAGUGCGUAGUCUGUGGAUGCAUUCUCGCAAAGCAGACAUUUGCGGGGUUUUGUGUGUGCGUGUGUGUGUUUUGAUCAUGUACGUCCUGGAGUCUCCUCUAAAUUAAGAUUGUGGGUGACUCAGUAUCUUGUAAAGGAUCAUGUAAUUUGAAUGACUUUCAUUAAAUGGUGAAAAAAACA